AUGUCGGACAGCGUCGACGAGCCACCGAAUCGAGCCGUGGUGCAGAACCACCUCGGCGCAGUGCAAGCGCGGCUGGGCGACUACGUCUUCAGUCUGUACCUCGACGCCCUCAAGCAAUACCAAGUGCGAACUCUAAGCAUCUCUGCCCUGAUCGAGCGAGUCGAAGACCUCUUCGCCGGCCACACCGACUUGCUCCUCGGCUUCCGCUCCUUCCUUCCCGCCGCCCGCCGCUGCUCUUCCGCCGGUUCUUCUCGCGCCGAUAGCCCGGCCGCGGCGGGAGCGACACAUUCCAUCUCGAUGCCAGUUCUCCUCCGCACCGCCGCCGCCGCCUUGGCUCCAGACAGCGACGAGGAACUGUUCAACUUGCCGCCACCGGGGACACGGUUCUGA